GAUGUGAGCUUUAUGCAGCUGUGGAUGCGGGAGGACGUCAAACUGUCACGUCACAAAUGUCACGAUACGAGGGUUAGCGGCGGCGAGAUUUUUAAUAUCGGGUGCAAUUGGGAUUGCGAUGACGAUCGUCAAUUAGAUCCUCGAGCGAGAGAAACGGUGUAAAUAUUCAAUUAUGUCUAACGGCAAUAUAACCUUACCGAAAGCCCCGAAGGACCUGUGCUUCUCCGAGCUCGAUUUCGUACAGGAGAAUUUCGAUGUCGACACUUUCCUGCAAGAUCACAGGAAGAAUGGCAAACUGGAGACGAUGCGGGAUGAUCUUGGCAUGUACUUGAAGUUACUGAGAUCGGCUAUGAUCGACCUGAUUAACCGGGAUUACACGGAUUUCGUGAACCUGUCUAGCAACUUGAUCGGACUGGACAAGGCCAUCAAUGACCUGCAAGCGCCGCUUGGACAGUUGAAGGAGGAAGUUAUGCAAGUGCGACAAGCUCUAGACGAUGAGAUUACAGCCAUUUCGGCUAAUUUGAAUGACAAUUUAAAGAUAAGGGAACGUAAGCAAAGUUUGCACAGCUUGCAACACGUGUACAAGUCGCUGAGAAAACUCACCUCCAUAUUAUGCAUGAAAACGUUUAUGGAAAACCCCACGAAGAUCGACGUUCUGGAACAGGCUGCGAUUGAAUUGAACCAAUUGAAAUUCCAUAUGUCUAGGUGUAAAUCAGAUAUCUCGGCCGAUCAAGAGAAGGAAACCAUCGAAUUAGAAAGCUUAUAUCUAACGUGCCUGAACGAGUUGUUCCUAGCGUGUAUACACGAGAAGAAUUCAAACUUGGCGAUCCGUUGCCUCAGAAUUUAUCUCACGCUCGACAAAAUAACCAACGCCGAAGAACUGGUCAGACACGAGCUUGUAAGGCCAUUAAUAUACAAUGUGAUUAACGAGGAGAACCUUCAAUCUGAUCCGCUUGGUCUGCAAAGCAUUUAUCACAGAUUACUGAACAUUCUAGAUGUGGAAUUAAAACAGUUAUUAGAUAUCACGUUACAUCCUGAGAGAAUGUCCGUGAAAGGAUUUAAUUUUCUGGUGAACAGUUUUUGGGUUGAGAUCGAGGAAAAGAUCGAGCAAUAUAUAAAGUCCAUUUUUGCCCCGGGAGAUCCAGUACUAUUUCACAAAAGGUAUACAGCCACGUUAGAGUUUUUAACGAAAUUGGAGAUGGAGUGUGUUACGCCUGAAAUUUUGGCGGCAUUGAAGAAUCAUCCACAAUACAAGAGUUUUCUCAAGAAAUGGAAUCUGCCGGUGUACUUUCAAAUACGAUUUCAAGAGAUAGCCGGCAGCGUGGAGGCAAUGUUAGCUGAGCCAGUAUCGCCGGACUCGGUCAAAGGUAGUCUGAUUUCGCUGACGCAAAAAGAUUUCUCCCUUUAUGCAACCGAUGUGGUUUGGGAUAAUCUGCUAAGGAUUUGGGCUGACGACAUCUAUUUGUAUCAACUGUUCCACAGAUUCUGGAAACUCAGUCUUCAAAUAAGCUCGAGGUAUCAAACUUGGUGUCAGAGUGCAAUGAAACAAGUAUGGCCAGUGAUAAAUGAAACUAAUAAUUCAAGUGACUCAGAACGUUCCACGAGAUUAAACUUUCUAGUAUAUUUGUAUAGUGACAUAGAAAAAUUGAUAAAUGCCCUUCCAUCUUUCCUACAAAUGGUGCAAUCAAAAAUUAAAGACGAGAAUGUUACAGUAUCAAAAUUAUUAGAAGAUUCUUUAGGUGAAACGUCGAAGAGUCUAGCUAAUCUUUUACCUUUAGUUACGAAAGAAAUUGUAAAUGAGCUUUCAGAGCAAUGUGUAACGCACUUGAAACAAGUCAGCGACAUUCCUCGAUUAUUUAGGAGAACAAAGCGAGACGUGCCAACUAAACCUUGUCCUUACGUAAAGAGUGCGAUGGUCCCUCUUACUAAUUUUUAUACAGAUUACAACAAGAUCAUUCCCGAAAAUAUUCUUCUUUGGUUAGAGUUAACUUUAUCUUCGUUAACAGAAAGCUAUUUAUUAUUCGUCACGGAUGUGUUAACGUCUGUGCAAAAGACGGAGGAGAGUUUAAGGAGGUUGAAAAAGAUUCGUGAUAAAUCCACUGGAAUUCUUCCUUCAGAACCACAGGGAAUUAGCGACGACGAAAAGAUACGUAUUCAGCUUAAAGUGGACGUGGACGGUUACACAAAUAUGGUCAAAGAUCUUAAUAUCUCAACUACCAACAUACAUCACCUGCAGGAAUUGGUAGAUGCUGUAGAAGCGGCUGUUAAAAAAUGAAAUUUAACAAUAAUCUUUAAUUGUGUCGCAAAAUGUGCCAAUUCAGGAGUAACCCAAAGACGCCGUCUUAUCAAUUACAUCAUUGUAAAUCGUCCGUCACUGUAACAAUAAAAAGCUUCGAAAAUAGAAUAACAUUUCGUAUUCGAGCUGUCACAAUCAA